AAUCUUGUAUUUAUGUCGUUCUACAUGAGAGGACAAGGAUUUUAAACCCUUUUAUAUACACAAACUUUUUAAAUACAUGUAUGUAUAUACAAAGUGUGUAAAUUAUAGACAAAAAUAGUUUAAAUAGUUUAAAUCGAGUAUUGCGUGGCAUUUGUGUACAGAUAUUGAUAGGUUAACCAUGUGUGUUAGUUUGUAAAAUGCUACUUUGUGAUGGAAAAGGAUCGUAUCCUUAGGACUGAAACUGGACCACCAACACAACCUAAGCUUUUGGCUUAUAUACCGGCAGUAGCCAGACUAUGGACCAUGGGCACCCUAGCACUCAUGUGGUCAACCAGCGUAACAACUCUACAGUUUGCUUCUGGAGCGCCAUUAUACUGGGGUUGGUACAUACUAGCAGCCAGUAUUUUAGUUACACUACUAGAACUAACUUGGAUGAUAAACAAAUGUACAUGCUGCAGCAAAGAGGGAUGCUGUUGUAGAUGUUGGUCUGUGGUCAUGUGGAUAGAUAACUGGAAGAAGGGCAUUUUAUACUUAUUGCUUACUAUACCUAUAUUUCUGAUUGGUACAAAAGUUAUCUUAGGUUUUAUUUCAGGUCUAGCUUUAAUUAUAGCAGGACUUUUAUACAUUUUAAAGACGUUUAAAGAAGGAAUUAUUUACACAGUGACAGAAACACGUUACAUAAAAACCUACACACCUCCAGUAAAUGUGGUGUCAUGCCAUACACAGACUGAAGAGGAGAAAAUUACCUAUGAAGACUUUGAACCAAAUGCUGGAUAUAAAUUCUACCGACAGGGGAAAUGAACUAGCACACAUUCUCAUUGUCAACUUUAAGGAAUGUAACUUUACAAACAAGGGAAAUAAUUCAAGGAAAUGAUCCAUGUUUUAUUAAAGCUGUUAUCCUAAUGCUAGCAAGUUAAAGGUUUGGUUGGCUUGCUUGCUUUGUUUGUAUGAAUGUUUGCUUAAGCAUUGUAUUUAAGAUUGACAUCUGCAAACAAUAUAAGUAGGCGAAGUCAAACCUGUAUAUAGGUAAAUUUGAUUAUUUGAUAAUGUCCAAUCAAAUUUAAAUAUAAUGUAUACAAGUUUAACUCCGCCUUUUUAUAUUGUUUUCAGAUGUCAAUCUUAAUUACAAUGCUUGAGCAAACAUUUAUACAAACAAAGCAAGCAAGCCAACCAAACCUUUAACUUGCUAGCAUUAGGAUAACAGCUUUAAUCAUCUUACUAUCU